CCUCGUUUUUUUUUCUUUGUAUUUUUGGGUACUUGAACAACCUGUACAAUCACGUUGCGAAGUAUCUUCGAUAGUUCUUUGGUGCUGACCGGGACCAAAGUUCCAGAGUGGCAAAAAUCAGCAACUUCGAGGGGCCAAAAUGAAGGGAAGGCGUAAAAAAAAAAAAAAAAAAAAGCGUUUUUCCGAAAAAAAAAGGUGUUUGAACCCAGGAUCGAACUCACGGCCACUGAACAGCUCGCUUUCGCGGUGUAUUUUGCCUUACGACCAAACCUUGCUUAUAUUCUCGGACAGAGGGCGUUGGGAGGGUGUUUUCCUCACGGAGCCCCCAGAUUCAAACUAAUUCAAACGAAGCACUCGCCACAACAAUUGCCUCCCGCCUCCCUUUCGCCCCUCUCUCUCUCUCUCGCUUACUCCAAGAUGUCAGCACCCGAAGCAACACCCGGAGGAGAAGCACCUGCUGCUGGGACGCCGGCUUCGCCAGAGGUAGCUCCUGCCGUGGUUGAAACCAGUAACGGUAGAACAGCGGAAGCCAGCAUGGCUCCCCCCUCGGCGGCCGCACCCCCAGCAGCAGCAGCAACAACAGCAGCAGCAGUAGCAGCGCUCCCUCAGCAGCUGGCAGAUCACAACAACAGCAACGACGUCAGCGCCGCCAACGAGGAGGCGGAGGAGAAGAUGAUUACGGAGGAAUACAAAGUCUGGAAGAAAAACACGCCGUUCUUGUACGACGUAGUCAUGACCCACGCCCUGGAGUGGCCGAGCUUGACAGUGCAGUGGCUGCCUUCGGUCAAGUCCCAGGAGAGCAAGGACUACGCGGUGCACAAGCUGGUAUUGGGCACGCACACUUCGGGCUCGGAGCAGAACUACCUGAUGGUGGCCAACGUCAACCUGCCCGUCCCCGGGGCGGAGAUCGACAACCGCACGUACGACGACGAGAAGGGGGAGAUGGGGGGCUUCGGGGGUGUCCACGGGAAGGUUGACGUGACGGUGAAGAUCAACCAUGACGGGGAGGUGAACCGCGCGCGCUACAUGCCGCAGAACGAGUUCGUGAUCGCCACCAAGUCCCCCUCGGCGGAUGUGUGCGUGUUCGACAUCUCCAAGCACCCCAGCGUGCCCCCGUCCAACAGCGGGUGCCGACCGGAGCACCGAUGCAAGGGCCACACCAAGGAGGGAUACGGCCUCAGCUGGAAUCCGCACGUGGAGGGCCGCCUGCUGUCCGGGAGCGACGACGGGCUGGUGUGCUACUGGGACAUUAAGGGGGCGGGCCAGACCGUAGACGCGACUCAAAAAUUCGAGGGGCAUACUUCGGUGGUGGGAGAUGUGGCAUGGCACCAGCAGAACCCGAAGCUGCUAGGCUCGGUUGGCGACGACAGACAACUCCUUUUCUGGGACACGUCCAUGGACGGGUCCAAGCCGACUACGGUUAUCAAGGAUGCACACUCGGCGAAUAUCAACUGCUUGGCGUUCAACCCAUUCAGCGAGUUCUUGCUCGCGACGGGCUCUUCCGAUACCACCGUGGCGCUGUGGGACAUGCGGAACAUGGGCAAGCCGAUGCACCUGCUGGAGAGACACAGCAGCGAGGCCGGAGACGGAGAGGUGCUGGGGGUGCAAUGGGCGUCGUUCGACGAGACCAUCCUGGGGUCGUGCAGCGCGGACAGACGAGUCAAGGUGUGGAGCCUGAGCCGCAUCGGGGAGGAGCAGAGCCCGGAGGACGCGGAGGACGGCCCGCCGGAGUUGCUCUUUAUCCACGGGGGUCACACCAGCCGAGUCGGAGACUUCAGCUGGAACAUGAACGACGACUGGGUCUGCGCGUCGGUGUCGGAGGACAACAUCCUGCAGGUGUGGCAGAUGGCGGAGAACAUCUACGCGGAGGAGGCGGAGAACGAAGAGGACCCCGAUGAGGUCGAAGACCAGGACCUCGAGGACUAGGAGGGCUAGACUUUUUGGACACUGGUGUUGGCCUGUUGUGGUAGCAUUGCCUAGGUAGACACAGCGGGAAACUCUCGCCGGUACACGCUCUGCAAAUCGACCGGCGCUAUUCAGCAGGGAUGGUACUGAAUGGUUCAGUCUGUGCCUUGCGAAAACACCGGCGCUAUUGUACCGGGGGCCGGCACUAUUCAACUGGCACUGCUGGGCCUCCACCGCUGUAUGUAGACGGCAGCCAGCCCCCAUCCAUGUAGAAAACUAGGCCCUGUCGACCUUGGCUGCUGCUGGUCCAUUGUGGGGUGUGCCGGGGCGGGUGUCUCUCUAGGGCGUCGACUCUUGUUUUUGCGUUUUACUUGGCUGGCGCCUCGGAUUGAGAGGGGUGGGGGGGGGGACACGCAGAGGAAGAGAAGGUCGAGUGGGGGGUGGGGGGGUGGAGGCGAUGGACGGACGCGCAGGGCUUUCACAGAAAGGUGGGGGCCUGGAAAUGACAAACCCGUUGUGUGCGAGGGCUAUGAGUUGGUACGCUGCAAGACGUCCGUGUGCAGUGUGUCAGCAAUCGAGGAGCUUGGUUGGUUGCGGUUGGGACACGGCACGACAGAAAUAGAUGCGCUUCAUUCAGGCAGUAAGAGGCCAAGGGUGGACGUUACGAAAUGCUUGACGGGCACGGUCGUGUUGCACGAUUUGGUCUGAAGUGCCACGUGCAGCAACAGCGAGCGGGUGACCUCUUUUCACCUUGGUGGUGGCAUCCCGGGGGUGUUCGAUUGCCUCGCGUGUGCGUCAUAUCGAACGUCGUGCACAUGCAUACGCGUCGCUAUGAUGUUUACUCUUGUCGGGUACGCUUCACUUCCUGCACUGCCAAUUGCCUCUAGGGUGAUGCCCGUUCUGUUUGACGUUGGGAAGGGUGUCGUCUGGUUGGUGAAAGUUUGGUGUUUACGUGACGCACUCCCUCAGGUCUUUGAGACGCCUAGAGGUAAUGUGUGGUAUGCAAGUGCCUGCUGUUGCUGAACGGACGGUCGGAUCCGGUGCCCCACUCCUGCCUGGUUGUAUUUUUUUUCAGCGCUUUCGAAUGGAACUGCUGUUGCUUGUAGCGUGUAGGGUGUGUUUUUAUAUCCAUGUUGUACUAUUGUGCCGCCCUGACUGUUGAUAGCGUUGACACUGAUUGCCAAAAUCAAGCAUGUAAGAUGUUUCGUGUUGCACCACUGCAGCAUCUUCUUUGUUUUUGCGAGGUACACAUAAUUAGUAGUUGGAGGAGAUUGGUAUAAUGAGGAUAUCUCAACGCUAGACGCACCUACGUUUUGGAUUUUGCAAAUAAUGUUCGUGUUUGGCCGAUGUAAGCAGAUUGUUUUUUUUUUUUUCCCUCGUGAACCGGAGGAGGGGGCCAUCAGACAGACCGUUUCGACAACGACAAGAGCUUGAGACGGAAUCCAUGCAUGCCCGAGGAACACGCCUCCUUGUCCGGUGCACUCAGGAUGCGAAGAGCACCAAGAAUAGACCGACAUGGGC